AUGCAGUCAACCAGCCAGCACACCGAGUCUACAUUCGCCGGCUGGCCUGCACAGACCACUGGUCAAACCGACAGCAGCACGACGCAGCCGCCCACUUCCACCAGCAAAACCGGGGCAACACAGCCACCCGCCUUCACCAGCGAGCCCGCUCGACCAACCACCCUGCAACCCAGCGCGCUGACCGUCAACCUGCCUGCUCCACCGUCAACCUCUAGUCACGCCACUACCGCAACCAGCAACAUGGCCAACUUACCGGCUCCAGCCAUCAGCUACACCUGCACCGAGCUGCUACAGGGUCACCACAUUCCCAGCUAUACCUGGGUCUUGCUUCUAAAAGCGCAACUACAAGACGACGCCGCCGCCUGGUGGAGAGACUACGGAGAAUUCGUCACCACCUGGGAACAGUUCCGUGACCGACUUCAGCCAGUGGAGCGAUUCAUCCGUCAGAAGCUCCAACUACAGCAGCGCUUAGGAACCAACCUGGCUGAAGACGAGGUGAUCGCCCUGCUCAUCGGUCAGCUGAGUUCCAAGCUUCGCACCCUAGUUCGAGCUGCUCAUCCCACGAACUAUGAAGAGCUGAUCAUGAUCACCAACGACCUGGAAACCGACCUCAACAGUCAACCAAAAUAUAAGCCGCCUCAACCUACGGCACCUGCAUGGCCACCCCAUCGAGAGCCGCCGCCGAGGUUCAACUACAACCAGCUUCCUCAGUGUCAUUACUGCCCGGCCAAGCAUUUUCAUCGCGACUGCCCAGAACUCGCGAAGAAACGGCAGGGAAACGGUGAUACUGGAGAGACUCGGACUCCACCCCUCCAGCACGGAAAGUAG